AGAUGAUGGUGCUGGUGGUUCCUGGUCAGUGGGGUUUCUUCCAGGUGAACUUCUCAGCACUGCAGGAGGAUAACUCAUCUUCCUUUUACAAGGGGAUGCCUUGGCUUCCUGCCUUUGUCAACAGAGCAGCUCGUAGGCAGCAAUCCAAAGUCAAUUUGAUGUGGCUUCGAAUGCACGCUGUACGCAGAUUAGCUGUAAACGCCUGCUGCGUGUGGCUCUCCCCAUUUCAAAGACUGCUCCCGACUGCUCCAUGCCAUCAUAAAGCGUGUCUGUACCUCACCAAGCCCUUCACUGCUGCUCUGGCAAUGCAGGAGUCUCUUUCUUGGACUGGAAGAUGACCAGUACCUUUAUUUUUCACCUCUUUUAUCAGAGCUGUUAACCAAGCGGCUCGUUAGCCCGUGAACGCUUCAUGCUGCUCCAGAAGGGAGUUUUCAAGUGGUAGUAAAGGAUUGCACCUCAUCUGCAAAGCAGUUGCAGAGCCAGUGAGGGAGAAUUUGGGGCAGGGCUGCAAGGAGGGAAGAGGCAAUAGAUGCUGUGCAGACACUUCAGCUGAGCUUUGUGUGCUGCCUUUCGGCUGGGUAAUGUUCUCUCCUUGCUGCUGGAGGUGCUGGAGCCGUGGGUGUUGCAGUGGGAGUCACUGGAUCUACCCACUUCUGGUGACCAUUUUGGAGGCUGAUGGAGAAGGGAAUUCCCACAUCAAAAGGAGUUUGAGCAGCUGCAUACUGAAGCCCAGCACUAGCUUCCAGUUCCUUCCAGUGCUGCUCCCAGUUCACAGAAUCAUAGAAUCACAGAAUGGGUUGGGUUGGAAGGGACCUUUGAAGCUCAUCUAGUCCAAUCUCCUUCCAUUCAACUAGAUCAGGUUGCUCAGAGCCCCAUCCAACCUGACCUGGAACAUUUCCAGGGAUGGGGCAUUCACCAGCUCUCUGGGCAACUUAGGCCAGUGUUUCACCAUUAUCAUAGUAAAACUUUCUUCCUUAUAUCUAGUCUGAGUCUCCUCUCUUUUAGUUUCAAACCAUUAUGCCUUGUCCUAUCACUACAGGCCUUGUUAAAAAGCCAGUUCCCAGUUAAAAUAGGUCUUUGGAGAUUGCUCACUUGCUUUUCUUCAGGUGGCCCAGCAGGAGCCCAUGAAGGUUUUAGCAGUGUUCAGAAAGCCAAGUCUCACACUGAUGUGUCUUUGGAUCUGCUGGGGUCUGAUCCAGCUCCUACUGGAGCCAACAGAAUGCCAUGAGAAACUGGACCUUUGAAGGAGAAGUUAAGAGGCACUUUCCCUGUUGAGACAGCAGCUGGGAAUAGCCACCAGGUCAACAAUGCAGUUCUUGGCCUGGUUCAAUUUGCUGCUUUUCCUUCCUUGUUUUGGCACCACCAAAACCUGCUUCCCUGGCUGCCACUGCGAGGUGGAAAGCUUUGGUCUCUUUGACAGCUUCAGCUUGACCAAGGUGGACUGCAGUGGAAUAGGCUCACACAUUGUUCCUGUCCCAAUCCCUCUGGAUACAUCCUACUUGGAUCUAUCAUCAAACAAGCUGGAAACAAUCAAUGAAUCAAUGCUUACUGGCCCUGGAUACACCACCUUGGUCAGCCUUGACCUGAGCUACAAUAAAAUUGCCAAGAUUUCCUCCACAACCUUCUCCAGGCUUCGGUACCUGGAGUCCUUGGAUCUGAGUCAUAACUCUCUGGAAGUCCUUCCAGAGGAUUGUUUCUCCAGUUCUCCUCUGGGUGACAUAGAUUUGAGCAAUAACAAGCUUUUGGAUGUAGCAAUGGACAUUUUUGCUUCCAAAGGUCAAGGAAAACCCCUGAACGUGGAUCUAUCCAAUAAUAUGCUCAGCACAGUUACGAGGCACCGUGAAAAGAGCAUCCCCAACAUCCAGAACUUAAACCUUUCUGGAAACAGGCUCACAACUGUGCCAAGCCUUCAGGACAUUCCUCUCCGAUACUUAAAUCUUGAUGGGAACCCUCUAGUCAGGAUUGAAAAAGGAGACUUCACGGGGCUGAAAGAUUUGAUUCAUUUAUCCCUCAGUGGCCUGCACGGCUUUGGAGAGUUAUCUCCUUAUAGCUUCAAGGAACUACCAGCUCUCCAAGUUCUGGAUUUAUCCAACAAUCCCAACCUGAAGUCGUUGACUGCUGAAGUUAUCUUUGGUCUGAACUCGCUACAAGAGCUCAACCUCUCUGGGACAGGCAUGUCCACCUUGCCAAAGACUGUGCUGAAAUACCUGCCUUCCAUCAAAAGCAUCACCUUGGGGAAGAACAUCCAGUGUCUUAAGACCAUCAAAGAAGGACAGUUCCACCGACAGAUUGGGCUGACCAAAAAAGAGGUCCUCAGUUGCCACGACAGCCAUGGGACUGUAGCAGCAGCACCUUAUGUUUCAUGAUGAAAGCUGGGGAGAAGGGGUGGGGAAGGGAGGGUGGGGAGGCCACGGGGUUUGUACAGAUGUCGGACUGAGGUGGCUUGCAGUGUGCCUUUUGUAAAAACUGUCCCUAAUUUAUAUAUUUGUAUGUGCCAACACUCGACUGUUUGUGGAUUUUAUAAACUCUUCAGUCCUGACCCACUUCAUCUGCAGGCUCCAGGUUUUGCCCGGUGCCUCGAGGUCCUGCACACAGCCCAUGAGCUCAAGAGAGGUGAUGUUGGACAACGGGGACCACACUGCUCUGCAGGUCCCAGGGCAGAACAGCCCAUCUGGAGCAAACCUUUGUGUCCCAGACACGUUGUAGGAGCCAAGUUACGUCUGCCCAGAGCACACAUCAAAACGUACCAACUCGGUAGCUUCUUGCUUACCCGACCCGUGCAUCAUCCUUGUUUUAAAUUAGCAUUGCCCACAAAGUGCCUUCUGGAUGUUGCCUUCGUUAGCAGCACCCUGUUCCCUGUCAUGCACUUUCAGUCUUGAAGAAACAUUUCCAGACAAACCUGAAAACAGGGUGCUCCUAAUGUGCUGGUUUUUACGUGAUCUUUGCAUAGGCGUGCGGUGAACUCGGAGCAAGUCGAGAACUUUUCCCAGAAUUUUCUCCCUGUUCUCCCAUCUCAAUCCUUUUCGUGUUAAAUUACUCCAGGUCUAACCUUGGCAACUUCCUGUCUUCUUAACCGUAGCUCAGAGAUGAUGUGCAGCAGAGCAAGGGAAGAAGAGGGAUCUGCCAACAGCCACAUCUCACCCAGGAACCAGCCCCUGACAAAGGAAAUUAGCUGAGCUGCAAAGUGAAGAGACCAUGUAGCUUAAAAAAUAAACAGCAAUUCCCUCCUCUAUUUCUGGGGAAGCUUGGAAGAACAUUUUGAUAGGGACUGAGGUCCUGAUGACCUUAUCAAACCAAGGUGUGGACCCAGAGGAUGUGAGAUGAAGCUGGUUCCAUGCUGGUGUUCCUCAUCUGAACACAUUUCUGACUCGGCUGGCCUUGCAACAUUUUCCAGAAUGUGCUGGGGAGGAAUUAACACUGAUGCCUGUGACCCUGGAGCACUUUGCCUAUCAGAGGAAAGAUCUCAGUUGGCUUUUUUCCA